AUGAAGGGUGUGAAGGCUGAAGAACAAUAUCCAUGUCUUCGACAGGUGGCAGGAGAUGCCUAUGGUAAAGCAUCUGCUGGCCUUCCCGCAGGUCUCCAUGCUUCAGAAGAAACUGAGGAGUGGGAGAUCGUCUUCCCCGCGCUGUGGAGCAGGGGCCAGCAGGAGCCGGCGGGUGGCAGCGGUGGUGGAGGGGGCUGCGGUGCCGACCCCAGCUGUGGGAACAGGAGCAGCACCCUCAGUGCCCCCAUUACACCGAGCCCGGUGGCCGGCAGCUCCCGGGAGGUGCGUUCAGUCUCCUCCUCGGUGGAGGGGCAGGUGCAGGCUGUGGGGGAGGCAGCCGAGGAAGAGGACGCUGAGGAUGAGUAUGAGUCUCAGGAGUUUUACCACUGGUCCCCACUCCCCCAGGGGUCUGGCGCUGCCUCUCAGUUGCCACUACCACCAUCCCCACCACCACCACCUCCAGCGGAGGGCGGAGAUGAGGUGCUGCUGAGGAUCCCAGCUUUUGCUCGGGAGCUCUACCUGCUGCUCAAGAGGGACAGCCGCUUCCUGGCUCCUGGUUUUGCCGUGGAGGAGCGGCUCGGGGGUGAGGGAAAAAGCCCACCUGGUGCCGCACAGUCGCAACCUGAGAGAGCUUGUUACUACAGUGGUGCUGUCCUCCGCUACCCGGGCUCCUUCGCCUCCUUCAGUACCUGUGGUGGAUUGGUAAGAUGACCUUGCAUGCAGGGGUAGCACCAAGGUCUCCAUCCAAGUGACAGCUUCAUCUGCUGCUUUUCAUUCCCGUCCCUUUCCUGAGGUCUUUUUCCUUUCGUAUCCUCUUAUUUUGAGACAUUUUGCCAUUCAUACUUCUAUUAUCCCACUCAUAAUUUUUUUCAAAUCCCAUUUCUGCCUUUAUCAUGUAAAGUUUUUAUGUUCUUUGUCCUGUUUGCAGAUACACUUUUAUCUCUUAGUCCCAUACCUUUCUUUUUUUGGAUCACCUUUUUAUUCUGUGCCCUUUCUCCUCCAACUUUUCCCAUCUCUAUCCUUAGUUUUAUCUUGGUCUACACUGUGUGCUUGUAAUUAGUUACCUGCUUGCUCACUCUCCUUCCUUUUCCCUGUAUCGUCAUCUCUCUGCCAGUCCAUCUGUAAUCCAUUUGUUCUUCAUUCCUAUCCUAUAUUCUAAAACUACCUUCCUCAUCUGUGUUCUUUCAUAUCUUCUGCAUCUCUGUUUUCCGACUGUUCUGUCUUUCCAACUAAUACAAAUAGUUAUGUCUGCUUUCUCAUCUUCAUUAUUCUUUUUCUUUCAUUCCUCUUAUCCAUUUGGCCUUUUUUCUCUACCUCACAAUUUCCCAGAUGUGGUACCUGUAGUUACUUGGAUUUGGGACUCCAUACCCUUCUUUCAGUUCCUCAGUAGACGUAUGCAAUGAGUAUGUCUUCAGCAGAAAUGUUAAUAGAGUCAGACCUUUUGAAUUGUUACUUCUAUGGCAUACCUCCCUUACCUAAAACAAAUUUCACCUCCUAUGUUUUCUGUUGGAUCAGUUGUGAUUUUUACCAGAUAAAGACUAGAAUUGGGCACACUGAUGACAGCAGUUGCUGAUCCAGUGAGCUGCAAUCCCGAGAUACUUGGGGGUGGAUGGAAAGAGUCGAAAGCAGCUGAGAUGAUGUAAAAUGAUGGCAGGAUUUUAAACAAAACCAAUUAUUAGUACUAUUAUUUUCAUCUUGGGCCUUUAUAUAGCAUAAUAAAUGCACACUCCUGCAGCACUUUGCAGAAUAUCGAAUACAAAUGGUAAUGGUGCUAGGGAGAAUUAACAUCAUCGUGACCCUGUGUUUUUUGGGUGGCUAGAUGGGUGUAAAUCACCCCAAUCACAUGAUAGAUGUUUUCUUGUAUUUCUUUCUAAAUCUGAACAUCUAACUCAUUUCAUUGUUGAUUCAUGAAGAUACUCCUGCCUGUUUUUUUAUUUGCAUGCUCAUGAAGUGAAACCAUGUAAAAUGUGGAAAUUUUGACUGCUUAUUCAUUUGCCUGUUUGGACUUACUCAAAAGUCAAAACCCAAACUGAAAGGAGGGAACAUAUGUGGAUUGACACCAAAUAAAAUAUAUGCCUGAACUCCUGCAAAAUGAAACCAUCAAGUUUCACACAACUCUUAAGUGGUUGGCAUCUAAUUAUUGACAUUUUGUCAGAUUUUCCAAAGCAUGGUAGCAGAAUUAAUUGUGGAGAAAGAUACUGAAAGUCACCUGAAGGUGGUUUGAAAGCAAUCAGGUAAAGGAUUUUUAUGUUCUGGAAAAGCAUUUGACUUCUCUACUCUUUGUUCUUGUUAGAAUUUUACUCCCUUCUACAUUGUGUAUGGGUAAAUGAUAAUGCAAAGAAAUUGGUAGAGAUAAUUAUCACAAAAGCCUGCUCAAAAGUGAUGUACAUCAUUGCAUAUAUGUAAUUCUUUUGACUAGAUUUGUUGAAAUUCACUGUUCAAAUAGAACCCAGGUCCUUAGGAGUCCCAUUUAUAAUUUUUGAUUCAGUCAGUCUUUUCCUGGGAUUACCAGCUUACUCCCAGCCUUCUGGCCAUUUAAGCAAAUAUGUGCCCAGAUCAUGUUCCCAUUCAGAAAGCUGCAGUUGAAAUAUAAACUAUUAGUGUAUCUCAAAUAAAACUGGAAACUCUUGUUGAUGUUGACUGGUGGUGUCAUGAUCCUCAACUGCAUAGUCUUGUUUGCAGUGAAAUAGCUAAGCAGCUG